CAUGCUCUCGAAUUGGUACAUUGCGAAGUUAGUAUCCUAUUCUGAUUGGAUGUAUUAUAUUGAUACACAUUAGAUUAAAAAAAUAUAUAUAUGUAUUUAGAUAUAAAUUUCUUUUUUGUGGUCAAUUGAAUAAGCUAAGCUGCUGUAUAAUGUACAAUUAAUUUAUCCUAUAUGCAUAUUUGUGAUUUGAAAUAGUUUAUGUGAAAAGGUGCAAUACUGAAAGAAAUAUAUGUACAUAGUAGUGUGCACAUAUGAAAACAAAGAAUUGGCAAAAAUGUAAGGCAAUGCAACGUCUUUCAUUUGUUGGGAGAUUGUCGUCGUCGGUACCAUUUCAAUAGCAAGUAGAUUUGCUUGCAUAGUACACCUAACGAAGGAACCGAGGUCCAACGCACAAACAUGGCGGAUUUGGAAGCUGUGCUGGCGGACGUCAGCUAUCUGAUGGCCAUGGAGAAAUCCAAAUGUACACCAGCAGCCAGAGCUAGCAAAAGGCUUGUUUUGCCCGACCCCAGCGUCCGGAGUGUUAUGUAUAAAUAUUUGGAAAAGGAGAGCGAACUGAAUUUCCACAAAAUAUUCAACCAAAUAUUGGGUUAUUUGCUGUUCAAAGACUUUUGCGAAAAUGAUUCAGAAGAACCCAUACAGCAGCUUAAAUUUUACGAACAGAUAAAAAAUUUUGAGAAAACCGAAAGCUAUGAAGAGCGCAAAGAAUUAGCUCGAGAAAUAUAUGACAAUUUUAUUAUGGAAGAAAUGCUCUCUCACACAUACGAAUAUUCCAAAGAAGCUGUAGCCAGUGUACAGAAAUAUCUUUUAAAAAAUGAAGUACCCGUUAAUUUGUUUGAGCCUUAUAUCGAGGAGAUAUUUAACCACCUGAAAGGAAAGCCAUUCAAAAAGUUCUUGGAGAGCGAUAAAUUCACACGAUUUUGCCAAUGGAAGAAUCUAGAACUUAAUAUACAGUUAACCAUGAACGACUUCAGUGUUCACCGAAUCAUUGGCCGUGGGGGCUUUGGCGAAGUGUAUGGCUGUCGAAAAGCUGACACUGGCAAAAUGUAUGCCAUGAAAUGUUUGGAUAAAAAGCGCAUCAAAAUGAAACAAGGCGAAAUGUUGGCGCUAAACGAAAGAACUAUGUUGCAAGCUGUGAGCACAGGGAUGGACUGUCCUUUCAUUGUUUGCAUGACCUAUGCAUUUCAUACACCUGACAAGCUGUGCUUCAUACUUGAUCUAAUGAAUGGCGGUGAUCUGCAUUAUCAUCUAUCACAACAUGGUGUCUUCAACGAGGAUGAGAUGAAGUUCUAUGCCGCUGAGGUAAUUUUGGGCUUAGAACACAUGCACAAACGCUUCAUAGUCUACAGGGACUUAAAACCGGCAAACAUUUUACUCGAUGAGAAUGGACACAUACGCAUAUCGGACUUGGGUUUGGCAUGCGAUUAUUCGCGAAAAAAGCCGCAUGCCUCAGUGGGCACACACGGCUAUAUGGCGCCAGAAGUGCUUUCUAAAGGCACUGCAUAUGACUCAUGCGCCGAUUGGUUUAGUUUCGGCUGUAUGCUUUAUAAAUUGCUUAAGGGUCAUUCACCGUUCAGACAACACAAAACAAAAGAUAAACACGAAAUCGAUCGAAUGACUUUGACUAUGAACGUUGAAUUACCGGACUGUUUUACGCCCGAAUUAAGAAGCCUUUUGGAUUCAUUGUUACAGAGAGAGGUAGAUAAACGACUGGGAUGCAUGGGAAAUGGUGCGGACGAAGUGAAGAUGCAUCCAUUCUUUUCGGGCAUAGAUUGGCACCAGGUCUAUGUUCAAAAAUAUACACCACCAUUAAUACCACCGAGAGGCGAGGUUAAUGCCGCUGAUGCAUUCGACAUUGGCUCCUUUGAUGAAGAGGAUACGAAAGGCAUUAAGCUAACAGAUAGUGAUCAGGAACUAUACAAAUUCUUUCCACUUACAAUUUCCGAGAGGUGGCAACAAGAAAUCGCCGAAACAGUAUUCGAAAGCGUUAACAUUGAAACAGAUAAAAUAGAACAGAAGAAAAAGGCCAAACAAAAGCAGCAUUUCGAUGCAGACGAAAAGGAGUCGGACUGCAUAUUACAUGGUUAUAUAAAAAAAUUAGGUGGCUCCUUUGCAUCACUCUGGCAAACCAAAUAUGCUAAGCUUUAUCCAAAUCGAUUAGAGAUGUAUUCGGAGAGCGGAAGCAAUAAGCCAGAGCUAAUAUUCAUGGACCAAAUUGAGGAUAUUUCCUCGGAUUUCGUACAUUACAAAGGAGAACAAUGCAUACAAAUUCGCGUUAAUGAUGGAUCUCGUGAUGGCAGAAUAAUCCUAACAAAUUCAGAUGAAAUCGGCUUAAAAGAAUGGGCAUUCUCUCUACGAUCAGCCCAUAAAAAGUCACAGGAGCUUUUGGGUUCUAUGGCACGAAAAGCAGGAAAAAUCUAUGGCAGCGAACGUGAUGCAAAUAAAUCUUUAUAUAUUUUAACGGGAAGCAAUCCAAUUUCCAAAGUUUCCAACGGAUCCAACUAGCAGAUAUACAAAGGACGCACUGAAAACUUAGGGCAGAUGAUGCUGGUGAUGAUGUCGAUGAAAAA